AUGGUUAUCCUACAUGUAAAGCACGGCGAUGAGAAUCUGUUUCUCUACGAGACCAGCGUCAGCAACAAAACCGAUGUUGUGAUACGUGAGCUGGUGGCUGUUUACAAUGGACGUUUGAAGAUUCAGCGCCUGUGCAUGGAGAUUGAGGAGCUGGCGGAACAUGGCACUAUGCUGCCCCAGGAAAUGAUUGGACUGAACGAUGAUCAGAUUGAAGAGCUUAAGCUAACCGAUGUGUGGGCUGAAAAGUGUAUUCCAAUGGGUGGCUUUAACUUCAACAAGGAUCCGCUGCUGCGUCGCAACGGACGCCAGCCCAAUGAGCACAUGUGCAAGGUGCUGGCGAAUGCUAUGACUGAUGCCAAGGCUAUGAUAGAUAAGAAAUUAGUGAAAGAUGCAAAGCCGCUUAAGCUGAAGGAUGUGGAGGAGGCUUUGAACAUACUGCGUGGCGCUGUUACUAUUGUGUAUCCCAUGAAGCUGCCACCGCAUGAUACUAUACAAAUGGAGUUUGCCAAUAUGGAGGAUCUGGCUGGCACACAAGCCUCCAAGGAGGUUAUCGAGCCUUCGAAGGCACAGCUGUGGUUUGCUGGGCGUCAAGUGUUGCCAGGCAAGCUGCUUAGUGAGUAUUUGGGCUCAAAUGACAAGACCAAGGUGGUUGUUAAGUUGAAUCAGCUGGGCGAGGGUCCGCCAGCGCGUGAGCAAGUCAUCUCGGAGCAAGUGCGUCGUCAAAUGAUGGCAGAUGCACAUCGUCGUCAAGAGGAAUUGAGGUGGCUAUAA